UCGCCGGUAUGCACGAGCUUCGACAACAAAAUCUGAAGACGGUGAAAGAUAACAUAUUAACUGAACGUUUUUCUUUGUGACACUUUUGGGGAUUAUUACGCGAAUGAAAUUAACGCUGGGCGACCACAAAAUAUGUGGAAACACCGAUGUAAUACUAGUGACAGUGAUCAGCAGCACUGACGAGGGUGGUAGCAUAUUUCAGGCUACUCAUUCAUGCCCCGUCUCUCUCGGUUGUCGUACUGUGUGAGGCUCGCCAUGGAGAGCUCUUGUCCCACCUUUGUUUACAGUAACGCCGAUUACAAUAAUCACGUGUCUCGAUUAAGAGAAAGUGAUCAACCUCCAGAUCUGUCCAAAUUCGACAUGAGGCUGAGAUCAGCCUGGGUGGAACGAAUGCAGCGUGGACUCUUCCGGUAUCACCUGGGCCACUUAGAAACACGAAUUCUUCCUGGCCAUGCUCGUCUGGUCGCCCAGUUAAAUGUCGAGAGGGGACAACAGAGACGCAAACCUCAAGAGAUCUUGAGUAUCAAACAGGAUUUUGACCCCAAAUUGUUCAAUUUCAACAAAGCAAAUACCAAGGAAACUAUGUUCGAAUUGCGUAAACACGAAGUGCCAGAAGCAAUCCAUGAAGAUGGAUUAAUCAAAGCCUGCAGAAUGGUAAUAAACGUCAGCCCUCUGGAGUUUGGACACAGCCUCAUAGUUCCAGAACCAAACCAGUGCCACCCCCAGGUACUGACACCUCAUUCCAUUCAAGUGGGGAUCGAAUGUGUCCUCCUAAGCUCAGACCCAGGCCUUCGAGUUGGAUUCAACAGCCUGGGGGCAUUUGCUUCCGUCAAUCACCUCCACUUGCACGCAUACUACCUGAAACAUGAGUUGGCCGUGGAAAGCGCCCCCGCUGAGUCGGUGAUGACCGCGAGAGGCUUGCACUGUUUGAGCACUUUCCCAAGAGGCUUCUUAUUCUACACGGAAGGAGGAGAUCUACCCUCAGUUGUCAGUGCAAUUCAUACGCUUACAGACUUCUUGGUGAACCAUGAUAUUGCACAUAACCUGUUCCUAACGCGAGGGUCCCCGCCUGACGCAGAGGGCGCACAUGAUGCCAGAAGGUCAGGAGUGCGCAUCAUUGUGUGGCCCAGGUUGUCGUGCUUUGGGGCAAAGGAGGAGACUGCCUUUAAUGUGGCACUAUGCGAGCUCGCAGGCCACCUUCCUUUCAAGAACCGAGAGGACUACGAGACUACGACGGAAGAGAAAGUGCACAGCGUUAUCAAAAAAUAUACACUUUCUCCGGACAUGUUUGUUGACUUGCAGGCUCAGGUCACUUCUUAUUUAACUUUAUUAGAGUCGGGGACGAACCACUGCGAAUGAGUUGCCUAGUCUAUGCAAUUGUACAGUUUUUGCCAAAUGUUCCAAAGUUGCAACAUAUUUUAUGUUUUUGUGUGGUUACGGUUCAUUGCUUAGGCCUAUAGGCCACUGGAGAAAAGGCCCGUUACUCGGGAUUAAAUUAAAUAAAUGGUUAGUUGGUAGGCUACACUGUGUGCCAUGAUGUUUGUGUUAGCAGCUAUAUGUUUCAAGUUGUAUUGAUGUGCAUUUCAACAUGCAGGCUAUGGCAAUAAACGUUUAC